UUCAAUUAUUGAUGAUGAUUUCGCCACCGGGAACCAAUUUCUUUGUAAGUGUUUUGCUUGCCGGUCUGCUAGCAUGGGUUAUAGCGAGACUAGCGAGCUUCGCUCGCUUCUAUUACCUGUUGUUCAAAAUCCCGAGCGCAUCCCAUCUUCGCUAUCACUGGCUUCUGGGCAACCUGCCAGACGUGGUGGAUCGACCGCGAUAUUUCCAUGAGACCGUUCCGAAGUUCUCGGCAGCGGAGCGACGUCUCUACCGCUUCAUGGUUGGACCCAUACCAUUUCUAGUGGUUAACCAUGCAGAUCUUGUGGCAGCCGUCCUGAAAUCGUCGCCGCCAAAGAACUUGUUCACCUACUCACUGAUCAUGCCCUUCAUCGGAGACGGCCUUCUUGUCAGCAGUGGCAAGAAAUGGGCGAGAGACCGCCGGCUGCUGACCAACGCAUUCCACUUCAACAUCCUACAGGAGUAUACUCCGAUACUGCAUGAUUCCUGCCAGGUCCUGCUUGAUAAGCUCGCACAGCACGUCAGCGAUGGCGAGAUGCAAAGCAGAGCGUUUGAUUUCUCGCAGGCAUGCCGCUUGCUGACGCUGGAUGUCAUGCUGCGCUGCAUCAUGGCACACGAGUCCAACUGUCAAUUGGAGGACUCUCAAUACACCCGGGACGUGCGAGAAAUCACACGGCUCAUCAUGGUCCGGGGUCUUAGCAUUGAAUGCUUGCUACCGGACUCCGUUUAUUUCAUGAUGAAGAACGGGAAACAGCUUCGGGAAGUGUGCGAUAGGUGCCACGAUUUCUCCGCAGCUGUGAUCAAGAAACGGCGGAACGAGCUGCAGGAGUGUGGUCCGCUGUCUGAAGCCGGCCUGGCGGAUGCCCAGCAAAAGAUUCGCAAAGGCCGUGCCAGUUUCGUUGACAUCCUGCUCACCGUCCGCGAUGAGGAUGGCAGCGGGCUGAGUGAUUCCGAAGUACGCGAUCAAGUUGAUACGUUCCUAUUUGAAGGCCACGACACAACAUCAAGUGGCCUCCAGUGGCUCUUCUACUACCUUGCUAAAGACCCAGCUAUCCAGCAGCAGUGCAGGGAAGAAGCACAGAGAUAUGCAGAUGACGGCGCAGGUCAUGUUGGGCACAAAGACUUGGCCAAGCUCACCUUCAUCACACAAUGUAUCAAGGAAGCCCUGCGUAUGGCGUGCCCGGUUGCCUACAUCGAACGUCGGCUGAGUCAAGAGAUCCAGCUGGACCAGUACACAAUACCCAAAGGUUCAAUUGUAAACAUGGACAUCUUUGCACUGCAUCAUUCUGAGGACUUCUACCCAGAUGCGUAUACGUUCAAGCCCGACCGAUUCUCGGAGGAAGCUGUUGCGGCACGCAACCUGCAUGCGUUCAUUCCGUUCUCAGCCGGCUCUCGAAAUUGCAUUGGGCAAGCACUGGCGAUGAAUGUGCUGCGCGCUGCCGUUUCUAGCAUCCUCCUGCAUGUGAGACUAAGCAUCGACCCCAGCCUGCCGGAGCCAAUGUUUGAAGAUGCUGUCGUCAUGCAAGCCAAGAACGGAAUUAAUCUGCUCGUUAGCAGCAUUUGAGCUGAAAGGUACUGGUGGUUGUUCAAUGUUUUGCUUUGCAAACAUGAACAUACCGGGUUGCCAUCACCCAGCUUCAGAAUGAGCUUGCAGACAAUGGUGCUGGCACUGGCACUGCCCCAAGCCUUCCAUGGUCACGGUGAAGCAUUUUGUCAUCGGAUGUGACGCAGCUGAUACUGGACUCAGGUAUCACGUUUUUUAGCCUAUUGUGGCUGAUACAUGGAAUAUUCAGUUACUUUAUCUCAUCGGGCCAAUUUCCAAAUAUGUUUCUAGGUAGGCUGACAACUAUUAGACUCUUCAUAUCCAAUGUCACUUGAGAGAAAGAAAAAAAGAUAUUCCGGCAUUAAUAAUAUUGAAAUAUCAUGUGGAUUCCGAUGAUUACUACUGACUCAUACUAUUCAUAGGAAAGAAAUUGAACUUUUUGAAAUAGGUCGUCUAUGACUGUUACCUUCUCUAUCAUAUGCACUCAAUAAGCGCUAUGAUAAUUUCCGGUACCCCGCUGCCCCAA